UCAGCCUCCCAAAGUGCUGGGAUUGCAGGGAUUACAGCGCCCGACUGAAAAUUACCGACUUUCUUCCCCAUGCAUUUCUCCAAAGUCAAAUCCUCCAGCAAUGUCAACCUCUCCAGGGCAGGACCUCGGUUCCCAGUAUGUGGGGUGGGGGUGGGGUUUGCUGUUGGGAGUGCCUGUCACCACAGGGAGCCAGAGCAGCUGCAGACAGCUCUACUGAGGACCCCCAGCCUCUGUGAUGUCACACUGGGCUUCUUUCCUUUCAUCCUGGGCAGUGGCUCUGAGGCCGCCCUGGAGCUCUGAAAGCUGGGCUGGGGAGGAGCUGGCUGGCUGUGACCUGCCCUGGAGGUGCAGGAGGCCCAGCCAUGACACCCUUAACGGACGCCCUGCCCCUCGUGAAGGAGCGCCGUCCCCCUCCUCUGCUCCCACUUCCCUGGGUCCUCCCCAGCCUGUUUGCCGCCUGCAAUGUGGUGCUGCUGGUCUUUCUCAGUGGCCUCUUCUUCGCAUUCCCUUGCAGGUGGCUGGCUCAGAACGGGGAGUGGGCCUUUCCUGUGGUCACAGGCCCCCUCUUUGUCCUCACCUUCUUCAGCCUUGUUUCACUCAACUUCUCAGACCCUGGCAUCUUACAUCAAGGCUCCGCUGAGCAGGGGCCCUUGACCAUGCACGUGGUGUGGGUGAACCACAGGGCCUUCCGCCUGCAGUGGUGCCCAAAGUGCUGCUUCCACUGCCCGCCUGGGACCUACCACUGCCCCUGGUGCAAUGUCUGUGUGGAGGACUUUGACCACCACUGCAAGUGGGUCAAUAACUGCAUCGGUCACCGCAACUUUCGCUUCUUCAUGCUUCUCGUCCUGUCCCUGUGCCUCUACUCGGGCGCCCUGCUGGUCACCUGUCUCAUCUUCCUGGUGCGCACGACCCACCUGCCCUUCUCCACGGACAAGGCCGUCGCCAUCGUGGUGGCGGCGCCCGCCGCGGGCUUCCUGGUGCCGCUGUCCCUGCUGCUGCUGAUCCAGGCCGUGUCCGUGAGCUCGGCCGACCGCACCCACGAGGGCAAGUGCAGGCACCUUCAGGGAUACAACCCCUUCGACCAGGGCUGUGCCAGCAACUGGUAUUUAACAAUCUGUGCGCCACGGGGCCCCAAGUACAUGGCUGAAGCUGUCCAGCUGCAGACAGCGGUGGGGCCUGACUGGACACCCAUGCCGAACCUGCACUCCCCUACGUCCCCCCAGGCCUGCCCUCCUCCAGCCCCAACCUCUGGGUCCCUACAAACCAGGGAAGGGGCCCCCAGGGAGUGGUGAGGCUGCGGCUCUCCAGGAGUGCGGCCCCUGCUGCUGGAGGGCCCCAGGCGAGGCUCCGCCUUCCUCUCGCCCCUGUGCGCCCGGAGAUGCCCACAGCACCAGUG